AUGUUAAAAAAUUCUUCUAAACAGCUUACCUUGGAUCAUUUCUUCGUGAUGACAUCAUCAACAAACUCUUCUUCAUGGCUACUGCUAGGCAAUGGAUCCUCAUCAGAAGGAGGUGAAUCAGCGGCAGUCCUGGGAGUUGCCUUGAGCCUGAUGUGUGUUACCGGUGUGGCUGGCAACCUCUAUGCUCUGGCAGUGGUGCGGGCCUCAGCCUCGGCCUCCUCUCUGCAUGUCCACCUAAUUAACUUAGCUUUGGCUGACCUUUUGUAUCUCUUGACGGCCCCUUUCAUUGUUCACAAUGGGCUGGUGAAGGACUGGCCCUUUGGGGAGGCUGGCUGCCGGAUCCUGCUCAGCCUAGAUCUGCUCACUAUGCAUGCCAGCAUCUUCUUGCUGACUCUAAUGAGCUGUGAGCGCUACACUGCUGUGGUGUACCCAUUCCAGGCUGCCAGCCGUGCGCGGCGAUGCAGUCGAACUCUGGCCAUUGCUGUUUGGCUCCUGUCCUUUGCUCUGGCCCUCCCCAUGAUGGUCAUGAUCCACCAGGAGGAACGUACAAUGGGGAAUGGAGCUGGGGUGCGUCGUCUCUGCUCCCCCACCUGGAGUGAGAAGCAAUACAGGGUAUAUCUGAGCAUCCUUUUUGGCACAAGCAUAGUGGCCCCUGGGAUAGUCAUUGGGUCACUCUACUGGCGCUUAGCAAGAAGCUACUGGCUGUCACAGACCCGUGGAGGCUUGGGACGUUCCCCUAAGAACCGGGUCUUCCUUCUCAUCCUUGUGAUUGUCUUGGCAUUUUGGGCCUGUUAUUUGCCCUUUUGGAUCUGGCAACUCCUUCCCCUUUAUUGCCCAUCAGCAGCCCACCUGCCCAUCCACACAGAGAUCUCUGUCAAUCAUCUGGUGACCUGCUUGACCUAUGGGAACAGCUGCAUCAACCCUUUUCUCUACACUCUGCUCACACGCAACUACCGUGAAUACCUACGCAGUCACCAACGAGGGGCUUCCUGGGGCUUCCUGCCAUGCCUCCAGAGCAGAAAUGGGUCUCAGAGGGAAAGGGCUACAGGCACCUGA